CUGCAGAGCUUGGUGCUGGGACGGAACCUGGGUUCCUCUCUAACCCGGAAUGUGAGGCUUCGGCUCGGUUGUCCGCUACUCGCUGUCCUCCUCUAGAGCCAGGUUUGCAUCCGCUGUCCCCGGUGUAGUCCCUGAAAAGCCAGGGCAGCCGUGCCCUCUGCCGUGGACCCGCGUGGCUGCCGCUGCCCCUCCGAAUCCUCCGGGGCCGCAGAGGAGUUCGCUACGGAGGGAGGUGGGGGCCUUCGGGAGGCGGCGGAGGAGGAGGCGGAGGAGGAGGGAAGGAAGAUGGCGGCCGUGGAGCUAGAGUGGAUCCCAGAGACUCUCUACAACACCGCCAUCUCCGCUGUCGUGGACAAUUACAUCCGCUCCCGCCGAGACAUCCGCUCCUUGCCCGAGAACAUCCAGUUCGAUGUUUACUACAAGCUUUACCAGCAGGGACGAUUAUGUCAAUUGGGUAGUGAAUUUUGUGAAUUGGAAGUCUUUGCUAAAGUAUUGAGAGCUUUGGAUAAAAGACAUUUGCUUCAUCAUUGUUUUCAGGCUUUGAUGGAUCAUGGUGUUAAAGUUGCUUCAGUCCUGGCCUACUCGUUCAGUAGACGGUGCUCUUAUAUAGCAGAAUCAGAUGCAGCCGUAAAGGAAAAAGCAAUUCAGGUUGGCUUUGUUCUAGGUGGCUUCCUUUCAGAUGCAGGCUGGUACAGUGAUGCUGAGAAAGUUUUUCUGUCCUGCCUUCAGUUGUGUACUCUCCAUGAUGAGAUGCUUCAUUGGUUUCGUGCAGUGGAGUGCUGUGUGAGGUUACUUCAUGUACGAAAUGGAAACUGCAAAUAUCACUUGGGUGAAGAAACAUUUAAGUUAGCACAGACAUAUAUGGAUAAACUGUCAAAGCAUGGCCAACAGGCAAACAAAGCUGCACUCUAUGGGGAACUGUGUGCCCUCCUGUUUGCAAAAAGUCACUAUGAUGAGGCAUACAAAUGGUGCAUUGAGGCAAUGAAAGAAAUAACAGCAGGCUUACCAGUUAAAGUUGUGGUGGAUGUUCUAAGGCAAGCUUCUAAGGCAUGUGUGGUAAAACGUGAAUUUAAGAAGGCAGAACAGUUAAUUAAACAUGCAGUGUAUUUGGCACGGGAUCAUUUUGGACCCAAACACCCAAAAUAUUCUGAUACAUUGCUAGAUUAUGGGUUUUACUUACUCAAUGUAGAUAAUAUCUGUCAAUCUGUUGCAAUUUAUCAGGCAGCCCUUGACAUUCGACAGUCAGUGUUUGGUGGCAAAAAUAUCCAUGUAGCAACAGCUCAUGAAGACUUGGCUUACUCUUCUUAUGUCCACCAGUACAGCUCUGGGAAGUUUGACAAUGCAUUAUUUCACGCUGAGAGAGCUAUUGGUAUCAUCACCCACAUCCUACCUGAAGAUCAUCUUCUUUUGGCUUCUUCAAAGAGGGUGAAAGCACUUAUUUUAGAAGAGAUUGCAAUUGACUGUCAUAACAAGGAAACUGAACAGAGGCUGCUCCAAGAAGCUCAUGAUUUGCACCUGUCUUCACUCCAGCUAGCUAAGAAAGCUUUUGGGGAAUUUAAUGUACAGACUGCAAAACACUAUGGUAACCUUGGAAGACUUUAUCAGUCAAUGAGAAAAUUCAAGGAAGCUGAAGAAAUGCACAUCAAAGCAAUUCAAAUUAAAGAGCAACUUCUUGGUCAAGAAGAUUAUGAAGUAGCCCUUUCAGUGGGACAUCUGGCUUCUUUGUAUAAUUAUGACAUGAAUCAGUAUGAAAAUGCUGAGAAACUGUAUUUGCGAUCCAUAGCAAUUGGGAAGAAACUUUUUGGUGAAGGCUACAGUGGACUAGAAUAUGAUUACCGAGGCCUCAUUAAACUUUACAACUCCAUUGGAAAUUAUGAGAAAGUGUUUGAAUAUCACAAUGUUCUGUCUAACUGGAACCGGUUGCGGGAUCGGCAGUAUUCAGUGACCGACGCUCUCGAGGACGUCAACACCAGCCCCCAGUCCACUGAAGAAGUGGUGCAGUCCUUCCUAAUAUCUCAGAGUGUCGAGGGACCAAGCUGCUGAGGGAUGACCUCAGUUAACCAAUUACCUUUUCCCAGAUUCCAGGGAAUUCAUACUGUGAAAUCAAAACCAUGUUGUUUUUGAGGGCUGGAAUUUGCUUUGAAACACUGGUCCAGUCCAUUGAAGACCCCAUUUGGGGUGUUGCCUAUCUUGCAGAGUGUCUGUAGAAUAAGCAUAUAUUCAGUUAUAUUCAGCAUGUACCGCAUGUAUAAGUAGUCUGGCCCACAUUUUCAACCUAGUAGAACAAACAACAGGAGAAUCUUUUUUUUUUUUUUUUCUAUUUUCCUUUUCUUUUUAAAAAAAAAUAAUUCAUUUUGCAGUAAGCCUGAAAGAAAAAAAAGAACCCCUAAAUAAAACUAUUUAAGAGUUUAAAAGAGUUGCAUUCUUAUUAUGUAAGGAUGAUUUUAACAACUUUUUAACAUAUAAUUCUUCCAUGUGGAGGUAUUCAAUACUGUAUUGUAAAGAAAUUUUAUGGGGAAAAUCUUUAUAUGCAGUAUAGAAAAGUUAACACAAGUACUAAUAAAAGAGGGGCAUCCUAACUUGUGUUUGACCACCUUACCCAGAGAAGUGGAUAUAACCACUCCAGAGCUAUAUUACGAGGGAAGGGCUGUCAGAAUCAUCUGAACUGGACCAGUGUUGAUCUGUAAGUCAUAGAAUAUCUGUUUCUGUUUUUGGUACAACAGUCAAGAUGCUGUAAUAGCGUUUGCUAACAGGACCAGGGAAAACUCUCCAAAGGACCAGCCUAAUGUAGAAGGUGGUUGUUUGGACCAGAGGCUUUAGAUGGUUGUUUUAGCCCCUUCAAAAACUUUAAUCAGUAGAGUGACUUCAUUUAGAUGUAUGAAGAAGAGUGAUAAGCAAAGAAUUUUAUUCAGACAGUACCAACCUAGGGAAGUGUGGCAGUUUCAGUGGUGAAUCUUUAGUCAGGGUGCACAGGCAGCGAUGCCAUAAGCAAGUGUAAAUUUAUCUGCUGCAGCCACCGCCCUCAUUUUCAGUGUCACUGUAAUACUAAAUGCCACUAAUAGGUGUAUCAGCUAGGGUUAUGAAAUAGCUCGUGUCCAGAUGGGGAUUUCAGAUCACUACAUGGUUUUUGGGAUUAUGGAAAAUGGGGGCCCAAAAAUAAAAUCGUCUUAAAAAGUUCUUCAUUUUUAUAAUUAAUAAUAGUAAAACUGUGUCAUUAUAUUUGAAGUUCAGGGAUCAGAUGGAAAGAUGCCCUAAUGACAUGUCUGUCUCACUAGUUGGUUUAUUUAGUUUUGAUUUUCUUCUUUUUUUAAGCCAGUGGGUUAUUUAAUGUUGAGGUAAUGUUCCAGUUGGGGAAGUUGUGACACAAAACAAACCAAGAAACAAAAAGGUCUUUUGCUGUUACCUCAAUUCUUAUGAUAGUGGCCCAUCUGGUGCCUCUAGAGUUAAGAAUCUGAGUUUCUCCCCUAUUUUCAGGGGUUCGUGAUUGGCUGUUAGAUCCUGCUCCUGGCUGACGCUUGGAGUAGUCGGUGGGUGAGUGGAUGUGUGUCGAAUUUUGAUUUUCUUUUAACAUGAACAUGGGGUGAAAGGGGGGAAGGAACUCUAAUCUCUUUCUUACAAGGUACAGAAGAAUUAAUGGGAGAUUUCAAAUUUUAAAUACGUUUUGAACCUUGCAUCUUUAACCCUGUUGGGAAUUGCUGUUUGCAGUCAUGUGAGGCGCUAGUGCUGUUAGGUCCCCAGGAGGUGAUUUGCUGGGGGCUGUACCAAAAGAAAUGAAGCUGGCCCACACCCCAGGACAAUGACUUGUGAUUUUGAAACCUGGGUGUGUUCCUCAGAUUGAAUUAUUUUUUGUUGUUGUUGGCAAAUUCAGGAAAGAAUAAAUUGACACACCUGCAGUUUAUGAAGCUUGUCCCACUCCCAGUUAAUUGCAGCCUAAUGCCAAGCGUCACCCUUUAUUACUUACCAAAUAGUAAUCUGUGUGACUGGGGACUAACACUUGUAAAUUACUCAGCUCUGUCCUCAUGGGUCUAUAUAUUUAAUACCUCCAAAGAUAUUUUCAGGAUAGGCUUUGUAUGCUUUUUGGUUAUUUAGAGUCCUGUGAUAUGUUUGUGGUAUAGGAAUGUCAUGGUAAAUUGUUUUUUAAUAAAUAUUUUGAAACUUA